GCCGACCAAUAUGUGUGCCAGAGCGAGUGCCUGAUGGAUGAGCGGUGCGUGGCGUGGAUGUGGCAGGCCAACCCCGACCUGUACUGCAAGCGCAACCCCGAGACGCUGCUGGUUGACCUGUACGACCCGGACACCACCCUGGGCUGCAAGGACCUGCCCGUGAUGGACGACAACAGCUGCCGGGCGGGCGCCUGCCUGCGCUUCUCGGGAUACUAUCGCAUCCUUGAUGGCGCAGACUACAACGCUGGGGGGCGCGGCAUGCCAGGCCAGACGACGGGGACGGUCAAGGGGCGGGUCAACCCGCAUGCCGGCACCAACCCCAACCAGCCCACCCAGACGGUGCCUCUGGGUGACAUGUACGAGGGUCAGAUCACGGCAGGGACGGGCCUGCCGCCGCCCAGGGCCGCCCAGCGCGGCCUGUUGGAGGCGCCGCGGGGCGAGGAGCAGGCUGCGCUGCACCAGCAGCAGGGCCAGCGGCAGCAGCAGCGGCAGCAGGAGCAGCAGCAGGGCCAGCCGCAGGCCUGCCGCUCUACCUUCUUCUCUUUGCCCAAGCUGGCCGUGGGCGGCGCCACUCACCUGGCUGCUUAUUCCGACGCCUCCCCCGCUGCCAACCGCGCCUUCGCGGCCGCUUACUGCCGGCAGCGCGGCACCUCCUUUGUCGCCGCCGGCGCCGUGCGCCGCGGCGUGCUGCCGCAGGCGGCGGCCGCUGCUGCAGGCGCGGCAGCCCUCACAACCUACUGCCCCGCCACCAAGGCCACCUGCGCGGGCGCCGCCUGCCCCCUCAUCGCCGUGGUCGAGUGCGUGCCUGCUGGGGCGGCCCCCUGCCAAGCAGACGAGGCUGGCAACGUCGGGCUGGGCAACCAGGGCUCCAACAAUGUGGGCCACUUCAACACUGGUGAGCCUCCUCAGGCAGCGCUCGAAUGGGCCUGGCUGGUGCUGCUGCCGCGGGGGAUCGCAGCGCAGGGGGGAUACCACUGCUGCAAGUGCAGGCCACGCAGUAUACGUUGA